AUGUAUUGGCCACCACUCUCUGCGGAGGCCGUCCUCCUUGGCGCGCUGCUCCAAAAUGUCAACGCAAUGGUGCCGAGAUACCAGGCAGCCAGGGAGGAGUAUGUGCAGGCCAUGCCAACAGCCACGGCCGACCUUCUGGGGCUCCAAGCAGAACUGCGAAACAUCCAGGACCUCGGGUUGAAACAUCGCCAGGCCGAAACAACCAGCAGCGUCACCUACACCAUCACCAUGUCCCCGGACAAGACCUGUGGAUACCUGUCGGGAUCCGCCGGUGUGGGGAUUACUUGUGAGAACGGCGCGACAUGUGCGUGGGAAGUGAAGGAAGUGGACGCGAUUCUUUGCGGCACAGCCAUUCUCAAUCGAUGCAUCGAGAGUAGCGUGGCCGUUGAUCCCGAUCAAUGUGACGACGUGUGCCAGAGUAAUGAGUUCAACCUGCUAUGUACCGGUAGCGAUGCGCCAUACUGUCGCACGUAUGCCUUCCCGAGCGGCGUACGGGAUUACAGAUGCGCAUCCACGCCUGUAACGGCAGUCCAGAGCGCCGACUUCACCUACGACGGCCAAGACGAUCCUGGAUUCGUCACUUCAGUUCUCGACGACACAGUCACGACCCCGAUCAGCUCUGAUACCGAAACGUCCACAGAGCCGAUUUCUACGACCACUACUACCGACCCCCCUGGCCCUACGACCACCGUUCCCCCUCCCGAUCCCCCCAAGAAGAAGACCCCCAUUGGUGCGAUUGUAGGAGGCGCAGUCGGAGGUGUGGCUGUCAUCGCGAUCAUUGUCAUCGCCGCCAUCUACUUUCUCCGCAAGAAGAAGAAGCCAACCGAGCCACCGGUCAAUCAGGCUCCAGUGGUCCAAGGAAACCCCGGUUACUUCGCCCCUGCCCCUAUGGACCAGCAACAACACCAGCAAAUGCAGCAAAUGCAGCAAAUGCAAAUGAACAAUGCGCCCGACAUGAAGAACGCCAUGGCGACCUCGCCCGUUCAGUCCGACUGGCGGCAGUCAUCAAUGAGUGGGCAAAACCCCGCCAUCAGCCCAAUCUCCCAGGCCGGUUGGGGACAUUCGCAGCCAUUCCAAACACCUUCUCCUGCCCCUGUUCCUGCUCCUGCUCCGGCAUAUGAAGCUCCAGGCCAUGAGGCUCGCGAACGUGACCCUGUCUACGAAAUGGGCGGUGAAGACACCCCGAGAAAAUGA